AUGUAUGGGAACAUGAAAGGGGAAGAUGAUGGCCAGAGUGUUUCGUGCAGACACUCGAUAGACCCGGCCACUGGCGAGCCGCUCUACGGAGUUUCUGUGGCCCGCAAGGAAGACCUGGACGCGGCUGUCAGCUACGCGCGAGCCGCCUUCAAGACCUGGUCUAAGACGACGCACCAGGAGCGGGCCAAGCUCCUCAACGCAUAUGCGGAUGUAAUUGAGGCUAGCCGCCAUGACCUAGAGAAGCUACAGACCAUGGAGCAAGGCAAGCCGCUGGGGCUCGCGGCGCUCGAGCUCGCCGACGAGGUGCUCGAAGACACGGACAAGCGCACCGUCUACUCGACGCGCGUGGCCCUGGGAGUCGUAGGGGCCAUUGUCCCCUGGAACGGGCCGACCCUGCUCGGCCUGGGCAAGGUCGGCCCGGCGCUCUUGACGGGCAACACAGUCAUCAUGAAGCCGUCCCCGCACAUGCCCUACUGCGGCCUGAAGCGCGGCGAGCUCGCCAUGUCCGUCUUCCCUUCGGGCGUGGCCCAGGUGCUGAGCGGAGACGACCGUCUCGGGCCCUGGAUGACGGAGCAUGGCGGGAUUGACAUGAUCAGCUUCACAGGCUCCAUCGCGGCGGGCAAGAAGGUGGCCGCGAGCUGCGCCCAGACACUGAAGCGCUAUGUGCUCAAGCUGGGCGGCAACGACGCCGCCAUUGUCUGCGAGGACGUCGAUAUUGAAAAGUGUCGCCCCAAGAUUGCCAUGCUGGCCUUCCCCAACUCGGGCCAGGUUUGCAUGUCGUGCAAGCGCAUCUACGUCCACGAUAACAUCUAUGACAAGUUUCUCGCCGGGAUGGUUGAGUUCACCAAGAACAACAUCAAGAUGGGCGGCGGCUUCGAGCCCAGCGUCGUGAUGGGGCCCGUCCAGACCAGCAUGCAGUUCGAGUUCCUGAAUGACAUGUACGCCCAGAUCGAAAAGAGCGGCUGGAAGACGGCGCUGGAGGGCAAGGUGCGGACGAGGGGCAAGGGCUACUUCGUCGAGCCGGCCAUCAUCGACAACCCGCCCGAGGGCUCGCGCAUCGUGGUGGAGGAGGCGUUCGGCCCCAUCGUGCCUCUGCUGCGGUGGUCGUCCGAGCAGGACGUUAUCGACCGGGUCAGCGCGCUUGAGACAGGGCUGAGCGCCUCUGUCUGGAGCCGUGACCUGGCCCGGGCCCAGCGCAUGGCGCGCCAGCUCAGCGCCGGCAGCGUCUGGGUUAACUCGCACUUUGACGUUGCCCCCCACAUGCCCUUUGGCGGGUUUAAGGAGAGCGGCAUCGGCAUGGAAUGGGGGUUGGAGGGGUUCAGGCACUUCACCAACUCGAGAAGCGUCUGGGUCUGGAAGAAGGUGUUUGACUAA